UUGCUCGUCCGAGGGGUGGGGCGGUGCCGCAGCUGCUGGCAUGUCCGUGGUAGCGGAGCCUCUCCCGCUAGUCGAGGAGCCCUAGGUAGCCGGGGCAGACGGGGGACCAUGGUCCGAAGGUCGGGGGGCACGAGAAGGUAUCUAGCACGCCGUGACCCUGGGAGCUCGGCGUUGGCCGCGCCGCCGCCGCCGUUGCUGCUGCUGCUGCUAGCCUGGGCUGCGGCGGGAGCCCGAGGUCAGGGGCCCCUCGAGUUCCCUCACGCCGUUGCCAACCUGGCCGUGAGCGGGGAGCGCUUCCUGGUGGCCAGCGGCAACUGCUGGUACGAAGUGGCGCCUUCGCUGGCGUGGAAGGAGAAGCGCUUCUGCGAGAAGUCGGGCACGUCCUGCGGGGAGUCGGUGGCCUCGGUCAACAAGCUGCUGCUGCCCUUCAGUCGCGACCGCCUGCUCACCUGUUGGACUCAGCCGCAAGGCGUCUGCCGUCUGCAGAACCUCACCGAUGUCAGCUUGAACUUGAACGAGACGUUGGGCGAGGAACUGGUGACCUACGCGUCGGAAAGCGCGGUGGUCGGGUUGAUGUAUUGCGAGGACGACAAGGACUCACGUUGGUCGCUGGUCGCGGCCACGACCCAUAAACUGAACAACUGCCCCGAAAGCCCCCCGAAGAGCCACGCCAACAAGGCGGUCUUCCUCAUAAAAGAAGGUGAGAAACACGUGGCCGAAAACAGGCAAGUGGCCAUGAAGAACGUCUACAACCUGCACUUCGAGGAUGCCUUUCGCUGGCAGAAGCACUUCUUUUUCCCUUAUCAUAACAAUGACAGCAUGCAGGCCAAGAUGCUCAUCGCUCUGUACGAGCGAAACACCUUCAGGCACAAUAGCCAGAUCCUGCGAUGUGGCGGCAAGACCAAAAUUCUUUCCUCGGCGUACCUGGAGCAACGCGGGCUCUGGGCCGGGAUUUUCGGCUCAGCUUCAAGUCCCGCCACCCCGACUUCCACGGGCCUUUGCAUCUUUGCUCUUGAAAAGCUGCUGGAGAAUGCGAAUAACUGCAAGUUAAGACAGCCCCCCGCUUCCGAGUUCAGUUCGGAAGACGAUGCUUCAGACAAUUGUAUAAAUCUUACGUGGCCAAUCAAGAACUCAAUUUCUCUGAGUCAUUUUAAUUUGGUUUCAGUUUAUGCCACUGUGGUUCUAAACAAGACUGUUUUAUUUUUAGGGACAGGAAAUGGGCAGCUAUUGAAGAUUGUUCUUGAUGACGAACUGAAGCCAAAUUGUCCAGAAAUUUUAUAUGAAAUUAAGGAAGAAACACCCAUUUUCCAUAGGCUUGAACUUGACCCUACAGAUCAGAAUUACAUCUAUCUACCAUCUAAUAAUAUGAUCAGGAGAAUACAGGUUGCAAAUUGCAACAAAUAUAUUUCCUGUAGAGAUUGUUUAUCUGCAAUGGACCCACACUGUGGAUGGUGCCACACAAAGAAAAGCUGCACUUUAAAAGGAGAAUGUUCAUUUUCUAGUAACUCACCUAACUGGGUAAAUAUUUCAUACGGCAAAGAUAAGUGCCUGAAAAUCCACACUUCUGAUAAUCUUCACUUCAAAAAUAAUAAGAUUCCUGUGACAGUAGAUGUAAAUUCUUUUGGUCUUUCUGAAUCACGUUCCCGUUGCAGGAUGUUAAAUGCAAGGACCAAUGAAAUUCUUUGUGAUGUGAAUCAACACCAUCUCAAUUGUUCCUGUGAUAUAAAUUUUAAAGAUCUAUCAGACAAAGUUCAAGUGUUAUUCAUCUCAGGAACUUGGAAUUUAUCAGAAAUAUUUGAAUUUGACAUCUGUUCCUUAUCAAAAACAUGCUCAAAAUGUAAUCAUACGCACUGCAUCUGGAAUGCUGGAGAAAAAAAAUGUGUUGCCUCUACUAUGACUUGUGCCAAAAAAAUUGAUUGUAGUAGCACUAUCAAUGCAUUAAACAAAAAAGAUCGUUCAGCAACAUCAAAGCCUAUUAAAAUUAUUUCCAUUGAACCAAACUACGUGUCAACAUUAGGUAAACCUGAAGUGCUGGUUAUAGGAGAAAACUUUACAAAAUCAAAUUUUUUGAUGGAGAUAACUGGAACUAGCAGCUGCCAACGAGAUGUAGGAUAUGUUACUAAAGUGUUAAAUGGCACACACAUGAAAUUCUGUUUACCACCAAGUCGUAAAGAAGUCAAGAGCGCAUGCAUAAAGGAAGACGGAUUUGAAUGUUCUGCCUCUUUUCCACUACAUUACGUCUCUUUUCCAUCAUGCACUAAGAUCCUUCCAAAUAUUACUUGGAUGAGUGGAGGUCGCAAUAUGACUAUACAUGGGAAAUAUCUAAAUAUCAUAGAUGAAGUUAUUUUAAGUGAUUUCCCACAAAGCAUAAUGCAAUUUACUUGCCAUAAAAAUAGUUACGAAUGCAGUUUUACAACCCCAGCUAUUAAGAUGGAAAAAGGAUCUAAGAUUAUUAACAUUAUUUCUAAAGUUGAAAAUAUUAAUAUAUCUUGCGGUUACUUUCAAUAUUAUCCUGAUCCUGAAUUUAUUCAUUAUGAACUAAUAACUGAUUUGGAACCUGACCUGGAAUUGAAAAUACAUAAAACUAAAGACAACUUAAAUCUUUCUAGACAUGAACUUGAGGUUUUCAUUUCUGAUGAGAAUCUGGUCAACAUAACAUUCAGUGUCCAAAAUAUUUCAAAUACAGCUACUCGUAGCAUAAUACACUGUAGAGCUAAGCAGGAAAAAACUCUUACCAGGAAGAUUAAUAAGUCAAACGUGAAAGUUUAUGUUAAGGUGGGGAAUUUUGUGCAUGAAGUUCCUAAUGAAAACAAAAACUAUCCAUUCCUCUACAUUCUUUUGUUAAUCCCGAUAGUAAUUGCGGUUUUUUUAGUUGCCGUUUUUGUCACCCAGCGAAAGUCCAAACAAUUAAAUCAAAAAUUGAGUGAACAUCUGGAGCUCUUGGAAUGUGAACUUCGCAAAGAAAUACGGGAAGGAUUUGUUGAACUACAAGUUGAAGAAUUGGAUAUAGUUGAUAGCUUUGGAACAAUUCCAUUUCUUGAUUAUAAACAUUUUGUUCUUAGGACAUUUUUUCCAGAGGCUAUAGGUAUUUCGUCUAUGUUUAUUGAAGAUUCUAAUGAACCUCUAAGCAAAGACCAGGGUCUCUAUGCAUUAAUUUGUAACAAGAAAUUUCUUGUUACUCUGAUUCACAUUCUUGAAAAACAGAAAACCUUUGAUAUAAAAGAUAGAUGCUUGUUUGCAUCUUUUUUGACAAUUGCACUACAGACCAAUCUAGUCUAUUUAACUAAUAUUCUAGAAAUUUUGACAAAAGAUUUGAUGGAGCAGUCUAGCAAUAUGCAACCUAAGCUGAUGCUAAGGCGCACAGAAUCAGUAGUAGAAAAGCUACUUACAAACUGGAUGUCAGUUUGCCUUUCUGGUUUCCUUCGGGAAACAGUUGGGGAACCAUUCUUUUUAUUUGUAACAACUUUAAAUCAAAGGAUUAUCAAGGGUCCUGUGGAUGUAAUAUCUUGCAAGGCCCUAUACACACUAAAUGAAGACUGGUUAUUGUGGCAAGCACCUAAAUUCAGCACAGUGGUAUUAAAUGUUGCCUUUGAAAAUAUCCAAGAAAAUGAGUCCAGUGGCACUACUCAGAAUAUCCAAGUUAAAAUAUUGGAUUGUGACACCAUUGGGCAGGCCAAAGAGAAGAUCUUACAGGCCUUUCUGAACAAGAACGGAUCCCUCUAUGGUCUCCAGCUAAGUGAAAUGGGCCUGACUCUUGAAUCAGGUUCCCAAACAAAAGAACUUCUUGAUGUAGAUGGUUCCUCCGUGAUUUUGGAAAAUAGAGUUACUAAACUGAACACCAUAGGCCAUUAUGGGAUUUCAGAUGGAGCAACAAUUACAGUAUUUAAGAAGAAACAAGAUAUAUCAGCUGAUGGAGAAUAUUCUGAGGACUAUUGCCAUCUGAUAUUACCAGAUGCAGAAGCAGCCAAAGAAACCCAGAAUGCAAACAAUAAAGGAAAACAAAAAUUUAAAGUCAAAGAAAUGUAUCUGACUAAACUUCUCUCUACUAAGGUUGCUAUCCACUCAACUGUUGAAAAGCUCUUUAGAAGCAUUUGGAAUUUGCCCAACAAUAAAGUCCCAGUUGCUAUUAAAUAUUUUUUUGAUUUUCUGGAUGCUCAGGCUGAAAAUAAAAAAAUUACAGAUCCUGAUGUGGUUCAUAUAUGGAAAACCAACAGUCUGCCUCUUCGAUUCUGGGUGAAUAUUCUGAAGAAUCCUCAAUUUGUCUUUGAUAUUAAAAAGACUCCACAUAUAGAUGGCUGCCUGUCAGUCAUUGCACAAGCAUUUAUGGAUGCAUUUUCUCUGUCAGAGCAACAUUUGGGAAAGGAAGCACCAACAAAUAAACUUCUGUAUGCUAAGGAUAUACCACUCUAUAAAGAGGAAGUUAAAGCUUUCUAUAAAGCAAUAAAGGAUUUGCCUCCACUGCCCAGAGCAGAGCUGGAAGAAUUUUUAAUUCUGGAAUCACAGAAACAUGAAAAUGAGUUUAAUGAGGCUGAGGCUUUGAAUAAAAUUUACCAAUACAUAGCAAGAUACUUUGAUAAGAUACUGAAUAAAUUAGAGACAGAACGAGGAUUGGAAGAAGCUCAACAGCAACUGUUAAAUAUAAAAAGUUUAAUGGAUGAAAAGAAAAAAUGCAAAUGGGCUUAGGAAUUUAAUUUUAUAAUUGCUGCUGUUAUGGAACCAAAUUCAAAAUAUUGGCCAAUUAAUUCUGUCCACACAAUCAACAACGGAUGCCCUCAGAUUGGAACAGACAUUUUCAGAUGUGUCAACAAAGUGGAACCUGGACUGUGAUGUAUAUCUGACUGCUGCUGGCAUCUGAAGCAAUCUCUCUAUGCAGAUCUUCCCUCCUAUACAGAUACAAUCAAGUAUUUUUUUGCAUUAAAAACAACCUUAAAUACAGAUCUUAUAUAAACAAACUGGUUGAGUUUAGUUCACAAAUUUAUCUAAUUUCUAUGCUGUCACUGAGCAGCAAUUUAUGUGCCUUAAAAGACAUCUCAGUUGGUUUCUGAUAAGCACAAAUAUAUUUUCUUGUUAUUCAUAGUCUGAGCAUCAAAAUUAGAGAACUUUCAACUGCUACAUGGUUUUAUAACGAAGUGCAGAUUUUUAACUUCCUCCAAUUAGUUGCACAUUGUGGCAAAACUAAAAGUGAUGUGGGACUGAAAUGGACGGGAAGAUUUCCACCCAGCACAUUGAUACAGCAAUGCAAUUCACCUCUUGAUAACAUCAGUUUCAUAUCCAGCUCUAUCGCUGAAAAUGUCAUGGACGUAUCCAUGUAAGUUUCUUGACAUGAUAAUGAAAGGGUUUGCAAAAGACAGUUUCCUUAUCUUUCGAACACAAAUCUACACUUCAAAAUUCUUCCAUCACUGUAUCUGCAAUUUUUAAAAAUGUAGCUGGCAGCCUUUCCCAUCUGUAUUUUCAUUAGUAUAUUGUACUGUAGCAUUGUAAAUAUAAGGGCAAAAAUGAAAUUUACAAAGAGGGUUUUUUAAUAACUGAAGAUUCAUAAAUGUAUCAUAAUUUUAUUAUUGACUAUAAAGUAAAUAUGAAUGAGGGCAUCAAGUAGAUGUAGGCUCUUCCACUCAGCGUCUAUGCCUUCCCUGAAAUUGGAAUAUCAAUUUUCUCAGCUAUAUUUUAUAGGGCCCUGCAGUGUCUGCAUUUGAAGGAAAAAGCAUAUUAUCUGCAACUCCUUCAGGAAGUUGUAUCUUUUCCUGGGAUUGGGGUGGUGCACCAAAGUUAUACCAGAAUCCAAGGAAUAGAUAGGUUUGGUGUAAGGAGUGCUAUAUACACACUCUAAACCAUGGGUGCCAAACACGCAACAUCACAUCAUCAUGUGAUGUAUUAUGACUCCCCCCCCUUCGCUAAACCAGAGGUGGGCAUGGCCAGUGCGUGACACAUCCAUCCUGUGGGCUCAGAGUUUGACACCCCUGCUCUAGAGUCUCUCCUUGCCUUCAAAUAUAAAUGCUCUAAUAUUGAGAUUUCCUUGGUUGCCUAUCACAUCCUGUUCAGAGUAAUUUUUACAGGCAACACAUCAGCAGAAAAACUUAAAAGUGCCUCAAAUAGCAGGUUUUGGUCCGAUUACUUCUUGCUAGGAAAAUUCUAAUGACAUUGGCAAGAUUAACUAGCCAUUAUAGGCUGAGGAUUCUCUAUGGCGAAGGUGCAGAACUUUGGCAACUUUUAGACUUGUGGAUUCCAACUCCCCAAAUUCCCAAGCCAGUAUGGUUAGCUUGCUCUGCAAUAUACAAAUAGAUGUGUUCUAAUACAGGGAUCCCCAACUCCCGGGCUGCAGACUAGUACCAGUCCUCAGCCCGUUGGAAACUGGGCAGCGCAAACAGUAGGCGAGCACAUGAAGCUUUAUUUGCGCAUGUACGGAAUUAAGUUGCGUGCUUGAAACCAUCCCAGGCUGCCAUUGCCAGUCUGUGAAACCAAAAAGGUUGAGACCACUGUUCCAAUAGAUAGGAAAAUGGAGGAAAAAGCUAUUUUUACAUUGUUUCUUCUAAGGUGUAGACAGAUAGAGAAGAGACCUGUAAUAUUUUUCACUAAAUACAUUUAUGUAAAAAUAAAAAACAAAGCAUUAAGCCGAUAUUGUUUUUUCCUUUUUUCAGAAAAUGUUUUACAUCAUAUGGAAAGUAGAUUUUAGAAAAUUAAAAGAAUAUUAUGCAUAAUGUGAUGUAUUUACCAACAGGUGCUGAACAUUUCUCCCCAAAAUAAUUACCUAUUAAUUAUUGGAUGAGUAACAUAGAAAUGAGCGAAGCAUACAACUGAAUGUUACGUAGCAUGGAUGUCUCUGAAGGUUAGACCAGAGCUUUCCAAACUAAAUCUGUUCAGAAAUUAUACAAUGAAUUUGUAUGUUCCCAUCACACAAUUAAAAUGAUUACAUUGGGAUCAGAGUUGGGCAAGAAAUAAGUAUAACAUUUUAAAAAGUUAACAUUUAGUUUUGAUAUCAAAUAAAACCAUAAUAAAACUAUACAAGAGGGUUUCUUUGAAAAUAAGCAAUCCCUCCCUCCCCACACUUACAGCUGUAUUUUUAACGGGAAAGGGAAGGACUUGCUGACUUUACUUCCUGAAUUCAGUUUCAUUUUGAAGAGAAUUACUCUUAUUCAGCAGUCAGGAAGGAAAGGGGGUGAUGGUGGUUCUAAACCAGCUUGAAUUAAACACUUGCACAACACUGACAGAUGUAAGUCGCUUUCAGAAUAUCUGCCAGUUAUUGUGCCCAGGCACGAGGGCUGCUCUUUUGAAGGGCAAAAUGGUGAUGAUGGUGCUUGUGAAACAAAA